AUGACCGAGACCACCAUCACCUCCACUACCACCACCACAGCAGCUGCCGCAGCAGCAGCAGGAGGCGGUCUGUGGACUCUCCUCGCAGCGCUCCCCAUCCCUCCCGCCCUUGCGGAGACUGGAGCGGAUGCAGACGCGGCGGCGGCAGCGGCGGCGGCGUUGGCGGACGCGUGCUCGCAGGAGCUGGGCGGGGCGGACCUGAACACGGUGAUCGCCGUGGCGUGCGUCGUGCAGCUCAUCGCGCUCAUCGGCGCAGGCGUCGGAGGUGCGUGGCGCGCCGCAAUGAGAUACCUCCAGGCUGGAUGGCGCGGGUGCCCAAGGGUGGGUGGCACGGGUGCGCAAGGCGGAAGUGGAGCGCAUCAACGCGCAGCUGAGGCAGAUCAACAUCAGCCUGCGCAAGCACCACUUUUGAGGCGCCUCAAAAGCCUCUCACACAUGCCCACCCACCCCAUACCCCACCUCCAUGGCCACAGGGUGAGUGGCACGAGCUGGGUGGCACGGGUGCGCAAGGCGGAGGUGGAGCGAAUCAACGCGCAGCUGCGCCAGAUCAACAUCAGCCUGCGCAAGCAGGCGCGCGUGGAGUCCUACGCGCCCUCCCUCUCCUACGCCCCCGUCGGCCAGCCCGCCGCCGCCGCCGCCGCUGCCGCUGCCGCUGCCGCCGCCGCUGCUGUCGCUGCUGCGAGCGCGCCAACAGAGGCAGUAAAGAAGGAAGGGGGGGCGGCAAUUUCAGAGGAGAAGCGGGCGGUGCUGCGGCUGUUGAAGGAGGGCAAGAGGUACCUGCGCGAGGGCAACAACGCGGCGGCGUUUGUGGAGUUUGAGAAGGGGCUGCAGCAGGCGCAGCGCAUGGGGGAUUGCCUGGAGGAGAAGAAGGCGGCGCGAGGGUGUGGGGCGUCGCUGCAGCGGCAGGGCAAGUAUCGGGAGGCGAUAGCAUACCACCAGAGGGUGCUGGACAAGUCGUGCAGCUCAGGCGAGCAUGCAGGGGACACAGAGGCCUAUGGCGCCAUUGCCGACUGUUACACUGAGAUUGGGGACCUUGAGAAUGCCGCCAAGUACUAUGACCGGUACAUUUCCCGGAUGGAGUCUGACGAUGAGGACCAUUAG